AGACCUACCACCAGAAGUGUUUCACUUGUGCACGAUGCAGACAAGCGUUUCCCUCCGGAGAGAAAGUCACCUACACCGGAAAAGAGGUGUUAUGCGGGCGGUGUAUGCACAUCCCAACAAAACAAGUCAUCACGCCGAAAGUAGGCAGCCCAACGAGUAACACUAGUAAAUCUAGUACUAAUCAAAAUGAAUGUGCUGGUUGUAAAGAAGAAUUAAAGGAAGGCCAAGCACUCGUGGCCCUCGAACGACAAUGGCACGUGUGGUGUUUCAAGUGUGGCACAUGCGGCGCUGUCCUACACGGCGAAUACAUGGGCCGUGAUGGCGUGCCGUAUUGCGAACGCGAUUACCAGCAGCAAUUCGGCGUGAAAUGCGCCUAUUGUCAGCGCUUCAUCAGCGGCAAGGUGUUGCAGGCGGGUGACAAUCAUCAUUUUCAUCCGACAUGCGCACGAUGCACGAAAUGCGGCGAUCCAUUUGGUGAUGGUGAAGAAAUGUAUCUACAGGGUGGGGCUAUCUGGCAUCCACGAUGCGGGCCAGGUCCGACUGAGAACGGGCAGAUUCUCAAUGGGAGUGGGGAUCAAAAUGGCCACUGUACGGAUACAGAUGGCGGGCGCGAGUUUGAUCGCAUGAGUAGCUCAGCUGUCAGCGAGAUGCAAUUUUCGAUGCGUUCGCGCACGCCUAGCUUGAACGGUUCCUUGUAUUGCGCGAGUAGCAUGUCUCGAAAGCACUAUGGAUAUAGAACGCCAUCUCCCGGGCUUGUUUUGCGUGAUUAUAAUCGUUCUACCACACUGCAAGAAGACAUUUCGAAGCUUUACACCUAUAGUUACCUCACUGAAGAGCCAUCUCUCGGGUAUUUGAAGAAACCGAUUGAUCCGUAUGACAAAGCGCCUGUUUCGCCACAUUUUCAUCGACCUACAUCUCAAACUUCUCUGAGGGGUUUGUCUUCCGGUAGUGGGCGUUUCCGACAGACAAAAUCCGGUAUGAUGGUUAUGGUGGACGCUAUGCGAUCGGAAACGCCCCGCCCGAAAUCGCCGCACAUGAACAACGAGGAGCCGAUUGAGCUUGCGCACUUUCCGGAUGCGAAACCGCCGAAACCCGGUGAUAAACCGAAGAUUGAGAGGGAUGAUUUUCCGGCUCCGCCGUAUCCGUACACUGAUCCAGAACGUAGAAAAAGAAGGUCGGAUUCUUAUAAAGGCGUGCCUGUUUCGGAUGAUGAGGACGCCAUUGACGGAGAGGUGCGCACACCGCAGGAAAUUGAAGAUGCGCAGCUCAAGCGUGAAGAACAAGAGUUGAGUAAGAUUGCGACUGGAAUUGGUAAAGUUUUCCUCAAGAAUGUCAAGGAGAGGGAGAAGAUCAAGCAGUGGAAGGCUGCGAAUCUUGAUCCACGCAAUGCUUCAAGGACACCGUCUGCUAAUAAAGAACCAGGUUAUCGACUACGAUAUGAUUCGCCGAUUGGCGCGAGUCCUUCACGAAACCUCGACCACCAAAGACCCUUUGAUGAUGAAGAAUUCGAUCGUUCGAUGAGUUGCCGCUCGUCGAUGGGCCGCUCCACCGGGCAGAUACCGAGUUACAAUGUCGUGAGCGCCCUCCGACAUGUCCCGAAGCCGGGCUAUGGCCUCGCGCCGCGCUCGCACACCUUCAGCUCGACGGCCGGUAGUUAUACGCAUAUUCCCGGCGAUUACUCGUUUAGCGGGAUGGGCGUGAAAACGCAUAGUACAGACUUCAGCAGCGGGAAAUCCGACAUUUCAACUGGGUCCAUCACUGAUGUCGAACGGCGUCCGCUGAAUUCGGAAAUGCCGGUAUCAACGACAUACACGGGCGGAUUGGGCCGGUACCCAGGCGGAUUCGUGUCACAAGUGCGACGCUCCCUGCCGACCCUGGCGCACACGAUGCUCAUCAACGAGCCGGCGAAGAUCUACCCCUAUCACCUGCUGAUGAUCACCAACUAUCGCCUGCCGGCCGACGUUGACAGGUGUAACCUUGAGCGACAUCUAUCGGAUGCCGAGUUUGAGAUGUUGUUCCAAUGCCCCCGGCCGGAUUUCUACCGUCUGCCGACAUGGCGUCGCAGCGAGCUGAAGCGCAAGGCGCGACUUUAUUAAUUUUCAUGCCUAAAGAAACAAAAUGGCUGCCAUUACACAACACACACACAUACACACAACGCAUGCGCAAGCAUACGAAACAAACAGAAAACGCUGUUUUUAUCUCUUGAAAUUCUUUUCUUCUAAAAAAGAAAAAAAAACGUUUCACACUGAUAUCUUGCACGCUGCGCUGACAUUUAUGUGCAAAACUCAAUCUUGCCACUUGGACUCUUACAGUGUUGUCAGUUUAACAGUAGAUUUUUACGGGUCAUAUUCAGACCCGCCAUUUUGCCAUUACGAGAUGAUACUAACCUAAAAUUGCGCAGGAAUUAUGUUGAGGUAAUUG